AUGUUCAAAUUCUUCUACUUUUUUACAAGCAUAUAUACCUCGCCAUAUCAUGGAUCUAUAAGUACAACAGAAUUUGUCGUAAGUAAUGUAAAUGAUUUUUAUAGCACAAAAAAUAAAAAUCAAUGUACUCAAAUUUCUAAUGGUAACAAUAACACAAAGCAAUUUUUGGAACAAGAAGAUUUUGAGCUAGAAA